CGCAGCCUCCACACGCACGUCUGCCUCCCACGGUCGCACACCGCCGCUUCCAACCUUCGCCACUACCGGAGAUAACGCCGUCAGCGCACCACCGACUGCCAUCCCCGCACUCAGCACAGCGGCACUAAGUCUCCGACGUUGCAGCACCGCGCAAUCCACCGCUCAGCACUCGUAAAACAGCUCGGGUCCACCGUCAGCCUCGUGCGAUGGCACAAGACCACUGAGGAGCACCCUCGCCAACGUGACAGCGAUACAACACAAACACCCACGCACCGGGGAGAGUAAAAACCCAGCUUUCUCACAAACUCUGCACAGGAGCUUUGUUUUUCAAGUUACUGCCUACAGAAGUACCAGGUGUUUACAACAUGGGCAAAGCUUCGAGGGAUAAGAGGGAUAUAUACUACAGAAAAGCAAAAGAAGAAGGUUGGCGUGCUCGAAGUGCCUUCAAGCUCCUUCAAAUAGAUGAGGAAUUCAAUAUAUUUGAAGGAGUGAAGCGUGUAGUGGAUUUAUGUGCUGCCCCUGGUAGCUGGAGCCAGGUUUUGAGUCGUAAAUUGUAUCUGCCAUUGAAGCUUUCACCAGAUUCAAGGGAGAGCGAUCUUCCUCUUAUUGUAGCCAUUGAUUUGCAGCCCAUGGCUCCAAUUGAAGGUGUUAUUCAGGUGCAGGGUGACAUAACAAAUGCUCGAACAGCCGAAGUGGUCAUUAGACAUUUUGAUGGUUGCAAGGCUGACCUGGUUGUGUGUGAUGGUGCUCCUGAUGUAACUGGUCUUCAUGAUAUGGAUGAAUUUGUUCAGUCCCAGCUCAUUCUAGCGGGUUUAACAAUAGUUACCCAUGUACUUAGAGAAGGCGGAAAGUUUAUUGCAAAAAUAUUUCGCGGGAAAGAUACUAGUCUUCUGUACUGUCAGCUGAAAUUAUUUUUCCCUUUAGUAACUUUUGCAAAGCCAAAAAGCAGCAGAAAUUCCAGCAUAGAGGCAUUUGCAGUUUGCGAAAAUUAUUCCCCUCCCGCAGGAUUUAAUCCAAAAGAUCUGCAUCGCCUACUAGAAAUGGUGGGGAGUCCAUCUGGAGGAGAUGAUCUAGAUUGCAGUAGUGGGUGGUUGGAAGGGCCAAAUAAGGUGUAUAUCCCAUUUCUAGCUUGUGGGGAUCUCUCUGGAUACGAUUCUGACCGUUCAUAUCCGUUGCCUAAAGUUGCUGAUGGAAUUUACAAGAGCUUGGAUCCUGUACAGCCCCCAAUUGCCCCUCCUUAUAAGAGAGCACUUGAAUUGAAGAAAGCAUCCAGUCAUGGAAUCCAAGAGCUUGAAAAGCUUUCCUUGGGUUGAUGCAUUACAUUUAUUUAUGUAUCCACAGACCAACGAACUCAAAUGGCUAAAUUUCUUGUAGCAUAUCUUUGAGUCUCAAAAGAUUCAUCCUAGAAGGGGACUCUCUCACUGUUGGUUCUUGCUCUCAAUCAUCCGGACCUCUCCUUCGACAGGAAGAUAGAUCAGCUUGUUUCAGAUAUCUUCAGCUCCAUCCCUGCCUCUUCAUUCUGGAAGGCUUGGAAGGCUAGGAAAGUUUACAUAAGUACAAACUUUUGCACCCACAAUGAGGCAAAAUAGGCCGCCUCUCCAUUUUUUUUUAGGAAGCAUUCCUAUAUCCCCCCCUCUACGCAUAUCCAUUUGGCUUGAUAGUGGGGAGGAUCCACUCCUUCCUAGUACUUCUUUGAUUUAUUGGCAAAAUUUUGUAGUGUUUUAUUUAUUGAUGAAUUGAUAGAGAAUAAUUGAUGCAAGCCUUAAAUUUUUGUUGUGCUAAAACACCGCUCCUGAUCUUCCUCGUACU